AUGGCCUGCGCCCCUGCGGGGCUGGUGCUAGACCCCCGGGAUCGCACUCGGGCGGGUGGCCCCGCACUGGACCGGGAUCGUGCCUGCGCAGAAGGUGCCGCGAACCAGGCGGCAGGCCCGCAGAGCCUCGGCUCCACGCCGCCCUCCCGGCACGCUGACGGCGCAGCCCCGAUAACUCCGUUCUCAACAGGGCUCGGCGUUCACCCGCCUCGGCGUCCAGUGUGGACUGUAGACGGCGCCACGCACUGGCGGUGGCCCUCCAGGUGCGAGCCCUUCCCGUUGGCGGGGCUUGGGGACAGCCGUGGAGGCGGCACCACGUCUGCGCCCGGGAGGCGGAGCGGUGGCGUUGCACUGGAGCCCAGGUGCCGGGGCUGGAGGAGCGCGGGUGCAGAUGGGGGGCCGCGCCGCACACAGGCUGUGGCAGCAAGUGGGGUCCGUGCGCCCCAGAACAAGCGGGCCGAGCGUGCGCGGUGCUCCCUGCAUGAGGAUCUUCAUGAUCAACCAAAGAGAAGAAGAGCAAGAAAGCAUAAAUCCAAGAAAAGUUUUAAAAAUCCCAAUAAUGAUCAUGCAGAACAAGCAGAAUUAAAGAAACAGCAGAGUCUUUCACAAGAAAAACUGCAGCUACGGCCCACAGAUGGCCCCACAAUCAGUAAAAAUAAAAAGAGGAAACUGAAGAAGAAGCAGCAGAUGAAGAGGAAGAAAGCUGCCGGCUUACUGACCACAGCCUCUGGCCGCAACUUCAUGUACCAGCCCGAGGAGGGCGACAGUGAGCAAGAAGCCCUGAGAGAGAGUGAUGGGGAGGAUGCCGCGGACCACGGGGAGGAUGCUGCGGACCACGGGGAGGAUGCUGCGGACCACGGGGAGGACGGUGCAGACGCCAAUGAGGAAGACAUUAAAAGUACCAAUGAAAAGGCAGAUGAUAUCCUAAGCUUUCUGAAGUCAACACAAGAAAUUUAUUUUUAUGAUGGUGCCUCCAAGGAUGCAGACUCUGCUGUGUCUGUGGAAGCCAGUCAGGAGCUGUUCCAGCACCUCGAGGCUCACAGCAUGUCCCCCUCCGAUGUGCGCCUUGUGCAUCACAUGAAAACGCUGUUACUUGUGCGAGACACCGAGAGCCUGCAGCACGCCCUGGAGAGGUUCCCAGCAUGUUGCACCAUGCCGCCCGACCACGCCAGAGUGCUCUCAGCUUUCUUUAACUACUGGAUCACACACAUCCUUCUGGAGAAACACAGUGAAUAAAUCGGUGCAUCUGAGAAGAGCCAACAUUUAGCAAGAAAAUAUAAAAAGGCAAACAUGCGAUCGGCAGAGACGUGAUUUGUACAAAGAAGAUAGAAUUGCCUAAAUUUUCUUUGUAACCUGAAUCCCAGGAACUUUGAAAAUAUCUCUGCCGUGUUAUUUAUUUGUGUGUUGUACACAAUGGGCAACAUGCAGUCUGAGACUUUGAGAAACUGGGAUAAAAUGGAACAUUUUCAAUUAUCGGAAAUUGCUUAUGUCUCAGAUUACUACACAGUGAUCCUGUUUUUCUGAUUC